AUAUCUAUAAGGGAAGAAAUACACAAAGUCCAUCCUUUCUCCGGGGAGUCUCUCCUCUUCAACGCAUACUUCAAAACCUCUCUCUUUCUCUCUCUAUAUCUCUCUCCGAAGACUGCAAGUGUAUCAUCAUCAUCAUCAAUCGAGAUGCCGGCUUGGUGGGGCAAGAAAUCUCCUAAAACUAGAGUAGAUGAAUCACAGCAAAACCAACAUGGAAAGGGUACUCAGAUGAUCACAAAUGAUAUGAACAGAAGUAAAGAGAAAGUUCGAAGCUUUGACGAGGUCUCACAUACACUUUUUUCGCCUAAAUCGCGCAUUUCUCCACGAAAUAGUAGAGAAUUCUCAUCGGCCGCCGGUGGAACUGGAGUUACCUCAAGUGGGUCUUCGACCUUUUUGGGUUUUUCAGAAAGAACUCAUCCUCUUCCUCGGCCAUUGAUUUCAUCGACACCAUCUUUGCCGAAUGAUUAUGUUCCUGGUAUUGGAUCUGUUUCAAGUGUAAGCUCAUCUGGGUCUUCUGAAGAGGGUAUUCAUCUUGAUCAUGGUCAAUUUGGUAUUCCAAGGGGAGUUUGUGAUAUGAAGCUGAGUCCCGUACCAACAAGACCAGCAACUGCGAAUACCUCUCCUAUUCAUCCACGAUUUUCUGCACCUCCCAAUUUAGAUUCCCCAACUGGAACUGGAAGGCAGUUUGAUGGUAGGAUUGAGUGUCAUCCUCUUCCUCUUCCUCCAUCUUCUCCAACUAGGUCUCCUUCCCCUUUGUCAAACAUAAGAACAUCUCCAUCUCCUUCUCCUUCCUCUCCAUCUCCUUCUCCUGUGAUUGACACCUCUCAUCCAACUACAUCCAAUUGGAAGAAAGGAAGACUUCUAGGAAGAGGAACUUUUGGACAAGUUUAUCUUGGGUUUAACAGUGGGAGUGGCCAGAUGUGUGCUAUAAAAGAAGUCAAGUUUUUUUCUGAUGAUAAUACAUCAAAAGAAUGUCUUAAGCAAUUGAACCAGGAGAUUAAUCUUCUCAAUAAACUUUCACAUCCAAAUAUAGUCCAAUACUAUGGAAGUGAAAUGGGUGAUGCAACAUUGUCGGUUUAUCUGGAAUAUGUAUCUGGUGGUUCAAUCCAUAAACUUCUCCAAGAAUAUGGUCCUUUUAAGGAACCUGUUAUUCAAAGCUACACUAGACAGAUUCUAUCUGGACUUGCCUAUCUACACGGGCGAAACACCGUCCACAGGGAUAUAAAAGGGGCAAAUAUUUUGGUUGAUCCGAACGGAGAAAUCAAACUUGCUGACUUUGGCAUGGCCAAACAUAUCACGAAUUGUUCCUCAAUGCUUUCGUUCAAAGGAAGUCCUUAUUGGAUGGCGCCCGAGGUUGUGAUGAAUAUGAAUGGGUACAGCCUUCCAGUAGAUAUUUGGAGUUUAGGAUGCACCAUUCUGGAAAUGGCAUCCUCAAAACCGCCAUGGAGCCAAUAUGAAGGGGUGGCUGCUAUAUUUAAAAUUGGUAACAGCAAGGAUAUUCCUGAAAUUCCUGAUCACCUUUCAAAUGACGCUAAGAAUUUCAUAAACCUGUGUUUGCAACGGGAUCCCGCAGCUCGCCCAUCAGCUAUGAAACUUCUCGAUCACCCUUUUCUAAGGGAUCAAGGAAGCCCGAGAUUUAGUAGUGGCAGCAGCAACUUUUCUAGAGAAGUCCACUUUCCAAGUAGUUCUGAUGGAAGCCGAUCACCUGUAAGACCAACCCGAGAACCGCGUUCUAGCCGAUACUCUGAUUGGGACAAUGCAACAAGACAAAAUGUCUCGUUCUUACCUAGCCCAAGGGAAAAUGCGAAGACGAUUACAUCUUUACCUGUUUCUCCUUGUUCUAGUCCAUUGAGGGAUUAUAGAGCAGCAAACAGAAGCUGCUUUCUAUCUCCAACACAUCCUUCUUACGCGUUCAUAGGACAAAACGUACAGAAUGGGAGAGAAUACUCGACACUUCACACGAGAACAAAUCCGACGUAUGCUCCUGAACCGUGGAGAGAAGACGGGCAGUUUAAAUUCCAAACUCCAAGUGCUUCUACAAUCCGAAAGGGGUAAAUAAAUUACCCAUCCACACAUUGGAAACUUGGGAGGAUGUAAAAUUAACACGUCAGCUCUUAGCGUUCGAUUCGACGAUGUCGUUAGAGGGCUGGUUAGAAGAAAGAAAAUCGGUUUUGUCGGUUGAAAACUGUUCGAUCUUGUUGUAAAUUGGAGGAUUAGUUAAACUUCAGUAUCAUUUUUAGUUAUCAAAAAGUUGGUUUGAAUUUGGAGAGCAAUAACGUCAAAUAUAUUGUAAUGGAAUAUGAUAAUUCUAUUCAUACCAAUUAAAC